AUGCUAGCUGCUUUGCUAUUGGACUUGAUACCGGAUUCCGCGUAUUCAAUUCGGAAGGAUGUCAACAUCGAGUUACCAGAGGUGAUCAUCUGGGAUGAUUCAAAGCGAAAGGUUGCAGCACAAUUAUCGGUCCUUACAUCUGUUAGGGGUGUGCGAAUCUCAAGGACUCACAUAGUAGUCGCACUUUUAAACAGCAUCCGCAUCUACCAUUUUCUCAGUACACCUGAACUAUACCAAACUUACGAAACUGCAGGUAAUCCUUAUGGGUUGUGCUGCAUGGGGGUCAGUAUCUUGAUCUUUCCUGGCAGAACAGCUGGGCAAGUACAAGUGGUUGAACUCAAGACUGGGAAUGUUAGCAUUAUACCUGCUCAUUCAGGGGCUCUUCGAGCUUUAGCUUUGAGCCGUGAUGAGGAGGUUAUUGCAACUGCCAGCGAAACUGGUACACUGGUCAGGGUGUUUGCAACAAGCAAUUGUGCGAAGAUAGCAGAGCUUCGACGAGGUGUAGAUCACGCCGAUAUCUUCUCUGUUUCUAUUGCCCCUUCAGGCCAGCUCCUAGCUGUUACUUCUGAUAAAUCUACGCUCCAUAUUUUCGAUAUUCCACAUCCCUCGAAGCCUCCACGAUCGGAAACAGAACUUAGUCACCGACGACUUACAUCUCUUGGUGGUGGUAGUCCAACAACGCCGGAAGCUGAUACUAGUCACAAGUGGGGAAUUCUAGGGAAAUUACCUCUAAUGCCCCGAGUGUUCUCAGAUAUAUACUCCUUUGCAACGGCAACAUUUUCCACCGGGGAGGAGCCCUUGUCCGCAUCAUCUAAUCCACUAACGGCAAGCGAAGCUGGACCGAAGCCCACGAAAGGCGUCAUCGGAUGGACAAGUGAUGAGAGUAUUAUUAUAGUCGGAGCAGGCACCGACAGUCGAUGGGAGAAGUUUAUUCUUGCCGAGGGUGGAGAUGGCAAGCGUUACUGCAUACGGGAUGGCUGGAAGAGGGUUCUCAAAGUCGAAUAG